AGCAGUCAUAAAGAGAGAAGCAGAACCUAGAGAAUGAUGUCACGGAAACCAGGGGAGCAGAGUUUAAAGGGUAGGGUGAACAUCGUUAACAGAUAACCAUUGGUGUAAUUAGGUAAGGAUUCAAAUGAAUCCACUGACAUUUGCUGGCUGGUCAAAUUUUCACAAAUGCUGAAUUACAAGUCUUCUCAUGCAGAAUUGAGGCUACCAGAGGGGAAGAUGAGGAUGAUAAAGCAGAAGGAGAGGUUAUCAUUUUCAUUCUGAAGCUGUUUUGCAUCUAACAUGGGAAGGCGGAUUCCAUCUUCAAGGCAUCUUUCUACUUUUUGCUGCAAACUGAUUUAGAAAAACAUAGGAAGAAAAUUAGCUCUAUGUGCUGAUUUUGGCAGAUGACAGCAACAAAAAUUAAAUUCUUCCUCAAAAACCUGCAGCUAUGGAGAAAUUUUUAACAUGGAAUACUAAAAAGGUUUUUUUUUAUUUUUAUAUUCCCCAUACAAUUGCAACCCCUUGAUUUAAAAGAUUUUUACUAGAAUUUGUUACUGUGUUCUCAAGGACUAAUAGACUUAUGGUUAAGAGCCACAUAUCUUCAUCCCAUCUAGUCUACUCUAGUAAAACUAUCCCCGCCUUUGUGUGGAAGAAAGCUUCGAAUGGAGAAAAGAAUGAGAUCAAAACUUCUAGAAAGGUUCCUAUAAAGCUGGAGUCUAUGCUACUUACCUUUUGCGCCUGACUUCACUUAGCAAAAUAUCCUCUGGUUCAUCCAUGUUGUGGAAAAUCUCUGGAUAUUUAUAGCUAGUACAGAAUUUCUCAAGUUACUACAAAACUAAUCACUGCAAUAUAAAUGUGCGAGCUGAUGACACCUGGCUUACAACAGAGGAAAAAUACUUACAUGUUGAAGAAAUGUUGCUGAGUAAUGCAACUUAAUUAAAAAUGCCUACCUUUUCCUCCAGCUUCUUCUUUUCUUCACCAAAUUGAUUUAUUCUUUGUUUGAGAAACUGAUUGAGCUGUAACACCUCUUUCUCAGUAGAUACAAGCUUUUGCUCAAGUUCCUCUUGCUGGGAAUGGGAUACUGACUGAUCUGAAAAUGAAGCCUGCAGUGAAGUGUUCUCAAACUGUGGCUAUUGGUAAAGAAAAAACAAACAGGCUACCUAAAAGAAGACAGCAAUCUUAAAUUUGGGUGCCAGCUUUUUAUCUUUCUCGUGAUCAUUUACAACUUCAGAGUUCCCACCUUUCUGGUGUCAUGGAGAAAGUCCAAUACCUCACUCGCUCUGCUAUAAGAAGAGCAUCAACUAUUGAAAUGCCUCAGCAAGCUCGUCAAAAUCUCCAGAACUUAUUUGUCAAUUUCUGUCUCAUCUUAAUAUGCCUCUUGCUGAUCUGCAUCAUCGUGAUGCUUCUCUGAAGUUCUGCUGCAGCUUAUCACCAUCAGCUUAGUAUCUGCCAGCCCAUGAAGAGGGGAGACCAUGUUAUUACACAGACCACUUCCAAGCAAAAGAAUGUCAUUGUGAAAGAUCAAGAUUCGGGACAAAAAUUGUUAGCAAAUAUGUUUAUCUGCUGGAUCUUGUAAACAUGAAAUGGUUUUAUUAUUUUUAAAAAUUAACUUUUAAAUGACUCUAAUAUGUGUGUAUAUUGUAACUUGUUGAGAUUUUAAGUUUCCAUCCCAAAUCUAUUCUGAGGAUGAACUAGAGGUUUAGUUUUGAAAUUUCAUUGGUAACAAGUUCACUUCAUAUAUAAAGCAUUAGCAUCACCCCUAGGGAUAAAUACAAUUUAGACUGUACUGUAAAAGCUUCUUUGAUAUUAUUUUCAGAUCUUCAUCAACUACCAACAUAAUCAUUCAAAUGAAGUGUCAUCAUUUGAAAUAACGCUGACUUCUCAUAUCUGUUAUCUUUAUUAUCACAAGGAAGUCUUUGUAGUAACUAUCCGAGCCUAAAUUCUAAAGUAGAAAUUGUAUUCUUUUUCUAUACUACACUAACAUGCUUGAAAGUAUAUUAUUAGAAUCAAGUAAGGCCAUAAAUAAAUUUUCCCUUGACUUAAUCUUGUCAAAGAAUUACAGAAUUCCAGUAUGUAUAGAUAAAGCAGAAAUCUGUUCUCACGGGGACAUUAAGAUCAAUAGAUGAGAACUGCUGGUCAAUUUGACAUCUGUGCUGUUAUCAUUAUUACAAAUACACUAACAGAACACAGUCAAACCUUAAUUUAAGGCACAGUAGUUCAUUAUCUGAGUUAGAAUAUAUAAUUUGCCAUGCUCUAUCUUUGGAAUCAUGGAAUCUUCAGAUUUUUAUAAUAAUUAUAUAGACUGUCUUCUCUUUCAACCUCAUUCUCAGUGUAGGCAAGAAAAAGAAAAGAAAAAUAUAUAAUUUUAAGCACUAAAAAAGUAAAAAUUUAAAUCUCUCCAAAAUUACUAAUCCUUUGAUAUCAACUUUUUCUACCACUAUUGUUUAUGUUAGGAUAUAGCAUUUUCUUAAUCAGCCAAACAGUAAACAUUUUUAUGGUAGGCCACUCUACCUGAUUACAGACCCAGCAAUGCUACAAUUAUUUUCUUAAUGAACACAUUUUCAAUUUCCCCUUUGGUCAUUUAGAAAUAUCAUCCAACAACUCAUUAAGAAAAAAAGUAAAAAUUGGUGUUGAAAUACAUAUUCACCAAAAUUUGGUAAUUUGACUCAGUUUAAAAUUAAUUGUAAAAUGACUUACACCUAUACUGCCCCAAAUUUAACUUGAAGAGUUUCAAAACAUAUUAAUACUAUAGUAAUUGUUAAUGUACUAAGCAACAUGUAGUUUACUAUGGAAUUUGAUAAAAUAUGGUUGCUAAAAGAAUUUGAAAAGUUGAAUAUUGACUGUGAUUUGUAACACAAGUGGUGCUAAUAGAAUAAUAGAGACUUUGCUUUUGUAAUUUUUGUGAGUCACUGAAAGUUAAUGGAGAAAGGAGGGGAAUAGUUUUGGCUCACCAAUUUCUGGGGAACAGAGGAAAAAGGGGGUCUCAUACUGACAUGGUGAUUUCUUAAGUGAAGUCUCAUCUAUGGACUAGAGAUACCUACUAACAACUAAAAAGCUUAAAAUAACAAGUGACACAUUUACUUACUGAUGUUGGUAAUUACCCAUGCCAAAAAAAAAAAAAAGUUCUA